GAGCCACACAAAAAAGGAUUCCAGCACAGCGAAGAAGAGAGAGAGAGAGAGGUUGCGUAGAGACGUUGCCGGACUUCAAACCAGUUUCGGUACCGGAAUUUAGGAACUCCGUUCAAAUCCGGAGCCUUCAGAAAAAAGAAGAAACCUUUCUCUCUGUUUCCUUUCUUAUUAUUCUAUUGCAAUUUACAGAGAGAGAGAGAAACAGAGUGAAGGCUGAAGUCAGAGGAGAUCGUUCUCUAGAUUUGGGCAUCUGGGUUUUCGAUUUCUGGAGUUCAAUUUCGCAAUUCAGGUCGUUUUGGCUGCUGGGUGAGAGAAAGUUAGGGUUUUUAGAUCUGUUGGAGAAGAUGUCCACGCCUCUGAAGGUGUGGCAACGUUGGUCUACUCCAACGAAAGCGACGAACCCAGAUUCGAAUGGGAAGGUUUCGGGCAUGGUGAGUGAGAUCCAGUACGAGGAUGAUCCAAGAAGAUUGCCUGAUAGAGUUUCAGAGCUUGAAAAAGAGCUUUUUGAAUACCAACACAAUAUGGGUCUCCUUCUGCUGGAGAAAAAGGAGUGGAGUUCCAAAUUUGAAGAGCUUCAAGAUGAGUUUGAUGAGGCUAACCAGUGCCUUAAGCGUGAACGUAACGCGCACAUGGUUGCGAUGGCAGAUGUUGAGAAGCGCGAAGAGGGGUUGAGGAAAGCUCUGGGGAUCGAGAAGCAAUGUGCAGCUGAUCUGGAGAAGGCUUUGCGGGAACUACGCUCUGAAAACGCAGAGAUCAAAUUUACAGCUGACUCAAAGCUGAUGGAGGCGAAUGCAUUGGUCAGAAGUGUUGAAGAGAAAUCUCUCGAAGUUGAGGCAAAGCUUCGCGCUGUUGAUGCAAGACUCGCUGAAGUUAGCAGAAAGAGUUCGGAGGUGGAGAGGAGGUCCAAGGAUGUGGAAGCUCGAGAGAGUUCUCUUCAACGAGAGCGCUUCUCCCACAUUACUGAACGAGAAGCAGAGGAGGCGAGUUUGACAAAGCAGAGGGAGGACUUGCGUGAAUGGGAAAGGAAGCUGCAAGAAGGAGAAGAAAGAGUUGCCAAGUCUCAGAUGAUUGUAAAACAGAGAGAGGAUAGGGCAAACGAAAGCGACAAGAUUAUCAAGCAAAAGGGAAAGGAACUUGAAGAGGCACAAAAGAAGAUUGAUGCUGCCAACUUUGCUUUGAAGAAGAAAGAAGAUGAUAUCAGCUCAAGGAUAAAAGCUCUUGCUUUAAGGGAGCAAGAAACUGAUGUGCUGAAGAAAUCCAUAGAGUCAAAAGAGCGAGAGCUGCUAGCUUUGCAAGAGAAACUGGAUGCCAGAGAAAAGGUUGCAGUUCAGCAACUAAUUGAUGAACACCAAGCUAAGUUGGAGGCAGCACAGCGUGAGUUUGAAAUGGAAAUGGAGCAGAAAAGGAAAUCUGUUGAUGACAGCUUGAGGAGCAAGGUUGCUGAGGUGGAAAAGAGGGAGGCUGAGUGGAAGCACAUGGAAGAGAAAGUCGCUAAACGUGAGCAGGCAUUAGAUAAGAAACUGGAGAAGCACAAAGAAAAGGAAAAAGAUUUUGAAUCAAGACUGAAAGGCGUAACUGGCAGAGAGAAAGCCUUGAAAAGCGAGGAGAAGGCAUUGGAAACUGAGAAGAGAAAACUGGCCGAGGAUAAAGAGAACAUUCUCAGUCUUAUAGCUGAAGUCGAGAAGAUAAAGGCUGAAAACGAAGUGCAUCUAGCAGAGAUUCGCAAAGAGAAGGAAGAGGUUAGAGUUACCGAGGAGGAAAGGUCCGAGUAUCUUCGUCUGCAAACCGAACUAAAGGAGCAAAUAGAAAAGUGCAGGUCUCAGCAGGAGCUGCUUUCGAAAGAGGUUGAGGAUCUGAAGGCCCAAAGGGAAUGCUUUGAGAAAGAGUGGGAAGAGCUUGACGAGAAGAAAGCUGAGAUCGAGACCGAGCUAAAGAAUUUGGCUGAUCAGAAAGAGAAGCUAGAGAGAAACACACACUUGGAAGAAGAAAGACUGAGAAAGGAGAAGCAAGAAGCUAUCGACAACAUGAAGAGGGAGGUAGAAACUCUUGAAGUGGCCAAAGCUGCGUUUGCAGAUACUAUGGAGCACGAGCGUUCAGUGAUCUCAAAGAAAGCUGAGAGCGAAAGAUGCCAACUGCUUCAUGAUGUUGAAAUGCUCAAAAGGAAGCUCGAGUCUGAUAUGCAGAGUAAAUUGGAAGAAAGAGAAAGGGAGCUGCAAGCCAAAGAGAAGCUGUUUGAGGAGGAGAGGGAGAAGGAACUGAGCAAUAUCAAUUACCUAAGAGACGUAGCAAGAAGAGAAAUGAUGGAAGUGCAGAGCGAUAGACAGAGAAUAGAGAAAGAAAAGAUAGAAAUUGAUGCUAGUAAGAAAAUUCUUGAGGAGCAACAGACAGAGAUUCGGAAAGAUGUUGAUGACCUUGUUGCUUUAACCAAGAAACUCAAGGAACAGCGUGAACAGUUUAUUAGCGAGAGAAACCGUUUUCUCUCUUCCAUGGAAAGUAAUAGGAACUGCAGCAAUCCUUGUGGUGAACUGCUUGCAGCGCUUCCUGAGAUUGACAAUCUCGAAAUGCCUAAUUUGUCAAAACUGGCAAAUGUUCUUCAGGAGGAAGCACCGCGGCAGGAGAUGAGGGAUGUAUCGCCAACUGCUACGGACUUGGGAGUGCCAGUUCAAGGUGGGACGGUGUCAUGGCUCAGGAAAUGUACUUCAAAGAUUCUUAAGUUGUCCCCAAUAAAAAUGGCAGACACUUCUGCUUUUGCUGACCAAGAGCCUCAGUCUACUGAGCAAGCUAACGUGAACAGUGGGCCAUCAGCUAUGCUUCCGGCCCAAUCCGAAAACGACACAAGAGAUGUCGAAGUCUCGGACGGUGAUCAAAGCAACAUCGACAGCAAGGCUGAGGAAGUAGCAGCAGAUUCUUUGUCUAAUCUUAAUGCGGAUGGUCAAUCACGGUUGAGAGGGAAAGCCAGGACCAGAAGGACACGCUCUGUCAAAGCUGUUGUGGAAGAUGCUAAAGCUAUCUAUGGGAAAUCUAUAGAAUUCAAUGAUGCCGACGAUGGAAGCACCGGUGAGCCUGGUCGUUCUGAUAAAGGUGGUGCUUCAAAGAACGGACGGAAACGUGGACGUGUAGGUUCGUUGAGAGCCUGUACUAGUGAGCAGGAUGGUAACGAGAGCGAUGGAAAAUCAGAUAGUGUCACCGGAGGGGAGCAUCAGCGUGGGAAGAGGCGGCAAAAAGUUGCAUCAGAGGAACAAGAAGAAGUGGUGGGACAAAGAUACAAUCUCCGUCGAUCCAGAAGGGUAGCUGGAAAAACUGCAAUUGGUAAGAAGAAUGAAGAAACUGGUGGAAUGCAACAAGAGGAGGAUGGUAUCAACUGUGCUCAAACCACUGCAACAGCAUCAGUAGGUGUUGCUGUUAGCGACAAUGGAGUAACUGCGAAUGUGGUGGAGAUUGAAGGAAUGGCAGACUCUGAGGAGACAGAUGCUGGUUCGCCCAAAAGAACAGGCGAGAGUGCAGCAGCUAGUGAAGAUGAUGUAGUGAACAGAACACCUGAAAGGGAGUACGAUGGUGAAGAAGAAGAUGAAUCGGAUACGGAACAUCCCGGGAAUGUCUCUAUUGGUAAGAAGCUCUGGACUUUCUUGACGACGUAGCCGCCAUCUUUGAUCAGAGGGUGUAGUUUGGUGGCCUUUGAUGUUGAUGAAGAACCAAUCUUCUUCUGUUGACGAUAUUAGUGUGUGUGCUUUCCACAUCUCUAGCUUAUCUUAGGAGACUUUGUAUCUUUUCUUUCUUUUUUUUUGGCUUGGUGUCAACUUUGUGUGGAUUUAUUUCACCAGAUUGUAGUGUUUUCUUUCUAGCUUUCUACCACUUUAGUUGCUAUCAUGGUUAAGAGGAUAAUUCUACACAAUUCUUUUGGUCUGUUUAAGAUGAUUAUUUGAUUUUAUGAUAGUGGUCUCCAAC